UCUGCGGAUCUUAAAGUUGGGAAACCCAAGCCUAAAGAAUUACGAUAAUCACAAUAGUAACAUAUUUCCAAAGGCUUUAUAAAGAUUGAUAAAGAAAAUCAUACUUACCACUUCCAAGUUGAUCACAAUGCAAUCAAGCAAUUUAAUUUUAUACAGUUUUGAUUGAAUGCAUUCGAACAUCACUUAAGGCCUAGUUAUAAUGAUGCAUAUUUUAAUAGUUUUUGUUUGGGUUGACUUGUAAGGCUUAAAUGAAAUACACACACACACACACACACACACACACACACACACACACACACACACAUAUAUAUAUAAUAUAUAUAUGCCAGGCCAUGUUUCAUUGAGACUGUAUGUCUGCCUCAUGUCCUCCACAGUUUGCCACGCGCACUGCUGCAUGUACACCGAUCUCAGGAAAGAGGCAUCGGAGGGCUCUGAUGUUCACCUUCCCUGCAAUUUCUCCUCGUGUCCACAGACCCUGGAUCACAGACUCAGCGUUGAAUGGGAAUUCAAUAACACCGUGGUAGUCAUGUUCUUAUACGUGCUCGUCUUCUUCUACGCCAACAUCACGGUCAUCGCGUGGCCCACGCUGACAUUCACGGGUGACAUUGGCGCAGGUGACUUCUCUAUCGUCAUGCACUCUGUGACCUGCAACCAGAGUGGCACCUACUUAUGUCGCAGUCGGUCUCCUGACAGCCCUUUGAUCUACAAGAGCUCCACUCAGCUGAUUGUCACUUACAACCCUGCAGGAAAUUCAAGCCCCCCAGAUGAAAAUCAGGAGAGAACAAUAAGUCCUGACAGGGGCCCCAUGCUGCGAAAGGCUUUGGAACUGUCCUGGAUGGUGGGGCCAGUGCUUUUGAUUGCUUUGGCAGUACUGGGAGUGUUGGUGCUAUGGAGGAAGAGACUUUUCCGGUGGACUGCACAACGCUUGGUUCCGGGAAAGAGCGCCCCCAGUGGAGAGACAUGUCCUCCACACCAAAACCAGGACAUCUAUGUCCUUUGCAGGGCCCCAACUCCCCAUGUCUCCCAAGAAGAGAACAUCUACAUGGCUAUGCACCCUGUCCUUGGAGACCUGGCCACCACAGCCCACUGCAACAGGAAGAUGUUUCCCUCAGUCUGAUAAAGCUACUCCGCCUUUUAAAAAAUCCAAUGGUGUACAAUCAAAACAACACAUAGCUGCACAGAAAACUGCUACUCUUCCCUCAGCGGGAUUUUGGCCCUCGCACAACAGGAAUGCAAAGUGUCCUUUUUGUACACAUGCAUCUAAUAUGAAAAAGACUAUGGAAGUCCAGAAAUGCAAAAGAAAUGAACAAAUAAGGAAACGCAACAAGAAAUCAGAAAACUUCAGAAGACAUAAUGCCAAAUCAGGGAAUGCAAUGACAAAGCAGAAAACAAAAUGACAGAUCCGGAAACGCAAUGACAAAUCAGAAAACAAAAUGACAAAUCCAGAAACACUAUGACAAACUGGAAAUCACAAUGCCAAAUCAGGCAACACAAUGACAACCAAUUAAACCAUAUUAAACCAAGAGUGAUUCACGGUUACAUUUCACUGCAUGUUGCACGUGUAUCUUGAAAAACACAACAGCAAACCAGAAAACACAGCUUGGUGUUCAAAGAGUGCCUGGGCCAUGAGAUUGGAUACUGUAAGUACCCCACCUUUUCCAGUUUCAGUUAAUGUUAUAGUGUUUCUGAUUUGUCAGUUUGUUCUGUAAUUCAGGGCUUCUGCACAUUUAUCCCCUUACCUUUUUAUUAACAAGCACCAUGUAGAAAUGGGGAGCUCAUACUUUUUUUGCUGCCUGAAUUUUACACAAGUAUCUCACUUCCUACCAGAAAGCUGCAGCUGCAAGGUCUUAAAGGACCAUCAAUGAAUUCUGUGCUAUUUUUGCCUAUAGUCAGUAUUUCUCUCUUGCUGUAUUGAUAAUCUUUACUCUCGUGGCCUAAGAACCACUUUCUUUCUAUGCACUCUUAUAUACCCAAAAGGAGCACACGACUCAAAUGUCUGUCUGUUGCAUUGUGAAUUUAAGUAGUUUAAUUAGUGCUGUUUCAUAAGUAUUAAUUUACCCAGAACAUAUUUUGUAGGGUAAAAGAUAUAUGCAAUUUUUAAAUAAUGCCAUGUUUUAAUAUAUUCUUAUUAAAACUGUUGCUCCAUCUUGUAAA